AUGUCUCUUGGUGAUGUUGGGGCUAAUCUUGGCUCCAAAAUCUCACAACCCGUUACAUAUGCUGUUACGUCACUUCUCUCAAUCGCCCUUUAUAAUGUCAUUGAAUUGCAUUUCCUUCUUUUCUCUACCUUCAAACGCCGUAAUGGCCUCUAUUUCUGGAGUUUCCUGGUAGCAACCUGGGGAAUAGCCAUUUACACGAUCGGGUUCAUCCUCAAGGACUUCAGCCUUGCAGAACGCAUCUCCUACUUGUACGUAACAUUCAUCAUCAUAGGCUGGUGCGCCAUGGUUACCGGCCAGUCAAUGGUGCUUUUUUCCCGUCUGCACCUGGUCGUGCGACGUCGCGCUAUUCUUCGCUCGGUUCUCGCGAUGAUCAUCCUCGAUGCGAUCAUACUGCACAUCCCAACCAUCGUGUUAUGCUACGGUGCAAAUUCACCACAAUAUCGCCGUUUCGUUAGUCCAUAUGCUGUAUAUGAAAGAGUUCAAGUCACGGUAUUCUUUGUCCAGGAGUCAAUUAUCUCGGUCAUCUACAUGUAUGAAACGUGCAUGCUGAUGUAUUCGGGCGGAUCCUUCACCGAGCAGCACGGGGAAGCUGGUCGAAGGCUCUUGGUGCAUUUGAUCUGCGUGAACAUCAUCGUGAUCUUGCUGGACAUAGCCAUCGUGGUGCUUCAAUACACGGGUCAUUAUGUGUCACAGACUGCAUCCAAGUCGCUUAUAUACAGCGUGAAAUUGAAGUUGGAAUAUGAUAUUUUGAAUCGAUUAGUGGAGUUGGCGCGGAGACCCAGUAAUUUGAAUUCGGGCCUGAUCUAUGGGGGUCGUUUGGGAUAUAUAGGUCGGAAUGGCCAAGAAGGUGAAGGUCAAGCUGAUGGUGGUGUUCAACGCCCCCCUCGGAGGCAUUGUUCCUGUCCCUGGGCUAUUUUCGCUGGUAAGGUUAAGGAAUUGGAUUACCGGCCCGGCGGAGAAUGA